CGCACACACACACACACUCACACGCCAGCAGGCUGCUGGCCGCUCAAUGGACCGAUUUCCCCGGUUUCCCUGAACCCAGCCUAGCCCGGGAUGAGAAACUGCAAAAUGGCCCGAGUCGCCAGUGUGCUAGGGCUGGUCAUGCUCAGCGUGGCCCUGCUGAUUUUAUCGCUUAUCAGCUACGUGUCCCUGAAAAAGGAGAACAUCUUCACCACUCCCAAGUAUACCAGCCCAGGGGCGCCCCGAAUGUACAUGUUCCACGCGGGAUUCCGGUCACAGUUUGCGCUGAAGUUUCUAGACCCGUCAUUUGUGCCCAUUACGAAUUCUCUCACCCAUGAACUCCAAGAGAAACCUUCUAAAUGGACAUUUAAUCGGACAGCGUUUUUACGUCAAAGGCAAGAAAUUCUUCAGCAUGUCGAUGUAAUAAAAAAUUUUUCUUUGACCAAGAAUAGUGUUCGGAUUGGCCAACUGAUGCAUUAUGAUUAUUCCAGCCAUAAAUAUGUUUUCUCUAUUAGCAAUAACUUCCGCUCCCUGCUGCCAGAUGUGUCGCCCAUUAUGAAUAAGCGUUAUAAUAUCUGUGCUGUGGUGGGCAACAGUGGAAUCUUGACAGGCAGUCAGUGUGGACAAGAAAUAGAUAAAUCUGAUUUUGUUUUUCGAUGCAAUUUUGCCCCAACGGAGGCUUUCCAAAAAGACGUUGGGAGGAAAACCAACCUCACAACCUUCAACCCCAGCAUCCUGGAAAAAUAUUACAACAACCUUUUAACCAUUCAGGAUCGUAACAACUUCUUCCUCAGUUUAAAAAAGCUGGAUGGGGCCAUUCUCUGGAUCCCUGCGUUCUUCUUCCACACUUCUGCAACUGUGACCAGAACGUUAGUUGACUUUUUCGUUGAGCACAGAGGUCAGCUAAAGGUCCAAUUGGCAUGGCCUGGGAACAUAAUGCAACAUGUCAACAGGUACUGGAAAAACAAACACUUGUCACCCAAACGGCUGAGCACAGGCAUCCUCAUGUACACUCUGGCGUCUGCAGUCUGUGAAGAGAUCCACUUGUAUGGAUUCUGGCCUUUCGGAUUUGACCCCAACACAAGGGAGGAUCUUCCAUACCAUUACUAUGACAAAAAGGGAACCAAGUUUACCACCAAGUGGCAGGAGUCUCACCAGCUGCCUGCUGAGUUUCAGUUGCUGUUCCGAAUGCAUGGCGAGGGGCUCACCAAGCUCACUCUGUCACACUGUGCCUAAGAACUCCAACCAGAAAGUGCCAAAUGGCUGUUUUAAAAGUGCCCCCCC